AUGGAAUCUUCCCCAGCGCCAGGAAGGCCCUUUGACCCAUCUAAACCUUUCGAUGGUCUAGUACUUUGCUGUACAAAUAUCGAAGCAGAUUUACGUACGGAAAUUGCCCAACGAACUGUCGACCUAGGCGGAAUUCACAAGUACGAUCUUACCCCCGACGUCACCCAUUUAAUUGUUGGAGACUACGACACUGCCAAGUAUCGCCAUGUCGCGAGAGAAAGACCCGAUAUUAAGCCCAUGGCCGCAGGAUGGGUUGAUGCUAUAAGUGAAUUAUGGCGAGAAGACGUAGAAUUCGACUUUGCUGCUUUGGAAGAAACUUGGAGAUUAAAAACAUUUGAGACAGGAGGCGGCAACCCUAAGAGUUCCGACGAAGCACAACGGGAGAGGACAAGGCUAACAUGUUGCUUGACUGGCUUUGAGGAUAAUGAAACUCGUACCAUGAUCGAAAGCAAGGUUAAAUCGAACGGCGGCGAAUAUAUCGGCGAUCUCUCCAGGCGCGUCACUCACCUCAUCGUAUGCAAACCCGAAGGGAAGAAAUAUGUAGCCGCACGUAAGUGGGGGAUAAGGACCGUCUCUAUCGAAUGGUUACACGACAGCCUCGAACGAGGUAUGAUUCUCCACGAGGAAUGUUACGAUCCGACUCUACCCGCAGCAGAACGAGGAAAAGGAGCUUGGAUAAGAAGAGAUAUCAGGCGAGGGGGUUCGCUGGGUAAACGUCUGCGCGAUGGGACAUCAGCUCCCCCAGCUGAUGACGGUAGGAGGAAGUUGAGGAAAACAGCAAGCAUGAAACUCACAAACCGAAGAGACAAUCUUUGGGGUGAUAUCCUCGUCAAUCAAUCAUCUACCGAUCUAUCCAAGCCAGCUACCACCAUUACCACCCUUACCGCCUCCGAUGUACGACCCAAUAGCGUGCCUCCCACCGACAACCCGAAUACGUCCACCAUCGAGAACCAACAACUCCCACAACCAAGCGAUCAAAUCCAAGCUGACCACGGCGUUUUCUCCUCUUGUCGCUUUUAUGUGCACGGUUUCCCGAAAAAGAAACAAGAAAUUGUACAGCAUCAUAUUUCAUCCCAUGAAGGACAUAUUUCACAGUCGAUCGAAGACGCUGCCUCAUCUACUCACCACGAACCGUUAGACCGACGUUAUCUAAUUGUCCCGCAAUCAUCGCAGCCCGACUCACAUCCGGAACUCCCUGAAGGAAUGCAUAUUGUUACCGAAUUCUAUAUCGAACGAUGUGUCCAUAAUAAGACACUUUUCAAUCCGAAUGAACACGUGCUUGGCCAGCCAUUUCCACAAUUCCCUAUUGACGGGUUUGCUGAAUUGUUAAUAUGCACAGCCGGGUUUAUGAACGAGCAAUUAAAUCAAGUACAAAAGGCAGUGAUCCAACUUGGCGCAAGAUAUUCAGAACGGCUCAAUUCGCAAUGCUCCUUAUUAGUUUGCCCUUCUCUCGCAAACGUAAGGAAACAAAAAUUGAAUUUUUCCGUGUCAUCCAACGUCCCGGUGGUUGAAGCAGACUGGCUUUGGCAGUGCAUUACGACAGGCUGUUUCGCACCAUGGGACAAGUUCCUCUUCAAAGAAAUCCCCCAAAAUGAUGUCGCGAACCGCGGGAUCCGCCAAAGCAAGAAAGAUAAAAUUGCAAGGUCAAAGUCGGAACCUGUGCCAAGAAAGGAACCCAACCCAGAUUCUACAACAUCGGCUAUGAAGCAUGGUAUCGAUACGACUGCAUUUGAUGACGAUUUACCAGUGCAAAAUGGAACCACCGUCCAAGAACAGGAAACUAGCGAAUCCAACUACGAGACCGCCCCUACUGUUCAAGCAAAAGACACGAAUAUCGAAUCUACGACCGCUUCAGCACCUCUCUCAGAAAAGACCCCUAACGCAUUAAAUAAAUCACCAUCACCACAAAAGCCAGAUUCAGCGCCAAGGAAAUUAAAGCGUUUCCCGACAGGGGGCGAAAUAGGGGAUUCCGAAAGUGGCGAUGAUUCGGAUACUCCUGGCCGAAUUGACAAACAAAUUAACAGUGCUAAUGACGAUGAAAAGGAACAAAGACUACAAGCUGAACGCACCAAGGCAGCUGAACGCCAGGAGAUGUCGAGGCGAUUGAAUUCUCUCAUGUCUCGCGACGAAGCAGCUCAGGACGGUGAUGGUAUGAAGCCUCAAUCUGUAUCACGUCAACAACGUCGGAGGCGCGAAAUUCUCGGUCGCGCAGCUAGUAAUGUUUCGACAGCGUCAAGCGCGAGUGCGGAAUCGCAGACACAUAUGAGUAGUUCUAAGUCUAAUCCUAGGAGGACCGAGUCCAUGGCUUCUCGCUUGGACUCUGUCAAAACUCAUACUAGCGGUCUAGGGCUUCUAGAUGAGAUGAUGACGGAACAUGGCGAUGGUGACCAAAUAAUGGCGAAUGGCGAUAGUCCUCCUCGAGCUACACAAUUGGAGUAUGAUAACUCCGAGGCCAAGAAGCAUCGUGCUGCGGUUGUGGAUCGUAUGAUGGCCGAUAGCAAGAAAGAUGAUUUAAAGGGUCAUAGGCAAAGUCAGGAAAAAGCCAAUUCGACAAAUCUCAAGGAUGACUUGGCGCCGAAUGGUACUACGCAGAAGGCUUCCACAAAGAGGGUCAUGAGGCGACGAUAA